AUGAAAGUCAGAAUUUGAACAUAGAAAGAAACCUCUGAAUAAAAAGGAAGAAACAGAAUAGGCGAUGAGGCUUGACCGACAGACAGAUGGAGGGGCUGAAGCUCAAGAAAGAAGGCAACCAACCUCCUGUAAUGGCGUUGGGCCUCUAUAUAUAUCCAUCGCCCUCUCCCCCAAAUCCCUUUCCAUCCUCCACACCGUACAACGGCAACAAACCACCUCCUCAGCUCCUUUUCCUCAUGGGCGCCACCGCCUAUUGGCUCGCCGAGCAUCCGGCCAUCGUCGGCUUCCGCUGGAGCCCCACCCACCUCUGGUUCUCGACCUGGGCCUUCCUCCUCGGCUUCCUCGCCUCCUACGUCGCGCUCUGCCUAGCCUUCGACGCCUUUCUUGGCGCCGCGCUGCGCCGACGGAAGGCGCUCCCGCUGGGCCCCGUGCCGGCCGCGCACGCGCUGCUCAUGGCGGCCGUGUCGGCGGCCAUCUUCGCGGGGACGCUGCUCUCGGCGGUGGCCGAGAUACGGGACACGCGGUGGUCGUGGCUCGGGCGCAGCCGCACCACGCCGUUCCGGUGGCUGCUCUGCUUCCCGCCCGGGACGCGCUCCUCGGGUCGCGUCUUCUUCUGGUCCUACGCCUACUACCUCUCCCGGUACCUCCACGCGGCGCGGGGCGUCUUCGCGGUGCUGCGGCGCCGGCGCGGCGCCGCGGCGAGGGUGUUCGCACACGCGGCCUCCAUCGCCAUGGCGUUCCUCUGGCUCGAGUUCUCGCAGUCGUUCCAGGUGCUCGCCAUCCUCGCCUCCACGCUGGCGCACGCCGUCGCCUUCGGCUUCCGGUUCUGGGUCGGCGCGGGUCUCCCCGCCGCGCGCGCAGCCCGUGCCGCUCCCGUCGCGCUGGCCUGCCACCUCGCGCUGCUCGGGUGCAACCUGGCCUGCCACGUUGGCGUCGUGUGGAUGCACUUCAGCGUCGUCGGCGGCGGGUGCAGCGGCAUCGGCGCGUGGGUGUUCAACACGCUGCUCAACGGCGCCCUGCUCUGGGUGUUCCUGCAUUGCUACGGCAAGCGCGGCGUCUGCGACGACGGCGGCUCCGCGCGCGCCGACAGCACCGACAAGAAGGAGCUAUGAUGACGAGCGAGCGCCCUUUUUCGAGGUGAUGACUGAUGAUCCCCGAAAAAACAAAAUCCUGUAAUAUUUUUGUACAUAGGCCUGGCGAUGGAAUCGAAUGGGGAGGGGAUAAACAAGAAACAAAGGGAUCGAUCCUCUUUGCUUGCAAGAGAGAGAGAGAGAGAGAUCAAAUCCCUGCUUAGAUUAUUUACUAGUGAUCUGUUCUUGUUUUCAUGGGAUUACUCAGUGGGAAAAAACCAUUUUUUUUGCAAACCAAACUGCUCUUGCGCCAUGAUCUGAGUUGA